UUACCAGCGUGUACUUGGGGCGGAAAGAGUCGUUUCUCAAUUACGUCAUUUUUCCGCGACGCCCUGGCAGCUGAGCUACACGCGCGUGAACGGUGUGUGUUGUGAGCUCUACGGUCUAUGUUGUCAACAGUGUUUGAAGGGUCUCCAUGAAGUUUACCCAUUGUUGAGACAGCGGCUAGUUUGUGUGAUGGCAUCCAAACGAGCGCAGACGGAAAGCAGCAACACAGACAAGAAGAAGAAGAAGAAGAAGGAGAAGGGAUGCGAAGAAACAGCGGAAAUUUGUUCGGCUGUUGAGGAGGAGCAGGUGAAGAGAGCCGUGAAGGAGGCAUGGAGCAGCAGGACUCAGUACAGCCUGGGGGAUCUAGAGUUGGACUGCCACCCUUUCCCUCACUGCAUCAUCAAGAACUUCCUCCGCAGCAAAUCCUUUGUUGAAAACCUACAGAGAGAGCUGCUGGGACUCAACUUCCAUGAGAAGUCAAACGAUCUGUACAAAUUUAAACAGUCAGAUGACUUGAAGAAGAGAACGGAGCCACAUAUCGCAGGUCUGAGGACCGCACUCUUUGGGCCUUUCCGCUCCUGGCUCGGGGACGUGUUGGGGGUUGAGCUGGAGUCCACAGUUGACAUUUCUUGUGCCAGAUAUGAACACACAGAUGUUCUCUUGUGUCAUGACGACGAAUUGGAGGGGAGACGUGUUGCUUUCAUUUUGUAUCUUGUGCCACCGUGGCAGAGCAGUGACGGGGGAACCCUCGAUCUUUACACAACAGACGGUAAUUUCCAACCACAGAGUAUCGUGAAGUCGCUUGUACCGUCUUGGAACACACUCGUCCUCUUUGAAGUUUCUCCAGUCUCUUUUCACCAAGUAUCAGAAGUUUUAUCACAGGACAAAUGUCGUCUGUCUCUGAGCGGCUGGUUUCAUGGACCUUCCUUGGAACGUCCUCCCCGCCACAUAGAGCCACCCGUCCCAAGGAGUCCACACAUACCGAGAGAUGAGACAGUGCUGCUUGAGUGGAUUAAUCCAGUGUACUUGGACAUUUCCUACCAAGAGCAGAUCCAGGAGGAGUUUGAAGAGAGCUCUGAAAUUCAGCUCAAAGGUUUUCUCAAGGAAGAAAAGUUCAGGGAGGUGAGUGAAGCUCUUCGACUCACCCAGAUUGAGUGGACAAAGCGAGGGCCACCCAAUAAGAGGUACUACGACGUGGCUUCUCAGGACACCCUGCCUCAGUGUGUGAGUACAUGUUGGGAGCUGCUUCAUUCAGAAGCGUUCUUCCUGCUUCUCUCCAACUUCACUGGGUUGCGACUGCACUACCUGUGUCCUGCCGAUGACGACGACGACGAUGAUGAUGAGAAUAAUGAGAAGGAAAAAAAGGAGAAAGAAGAUGCUCAGGAUGGAAAAGCCACUGGGUCUUCAUCCGGCUCAACGUCAGCAAGUGCAAGUAAAGAGAAAGAGCUGAGCACACCUGUAUGCAGCGGUGAAGUGCGGAGAUGGUCUCACGGCGACUAUACACUGUUGCAUGAUGGCGAGGCAGCGAGGGCAGAGUAUGCUCUGGACCUUGUUUUGCCCUUUGGCUGUGGAGACUGGCAGUCAGAGUUUGGGGGCUACACAUGUUACGUUGCUAAUGAAGAGGACGAAGAACUUCUCACUGUGUAUCCAGAGGACAAUUCCCUUGCCUUGGUCUACAGAGACAAAGAAACCCUCAAAUUUGUCAAACACGUCAACCACAGAAGUCCCUCUGAGUCUGCUGGCAGUUCGACGUCCAGGGGGUUUUAUGACCUUUCCUUUGUUUACUAUGAAUAAAUAUAUAAAAUAUA